GGAGGAGAGAAACGAGAGCAUCGCCAAUCCCGUUGGCGUGUUGCUGCCGGCUGUUUUCUGCUGACGCACAAUCUAACAUUAUAAACAGUUUUCCUUAGUCAAGUUCAUGGGCUGCUUUUUGCCCUGUCGGAAGCUAAAUUCAACAGAGAUGAACCCCGCAGUACCUUGGUCGUGAAACAUAAGAGAGAUACAGAGAAAGGCAAGCAUCAUUGGCUCUCGAUGAGACGGUUCUGUGUGACUAUCUGUCUCAUUGUAUCUGGCGUUGUUUUCCGCUGGUAGUUUCCGCACACUACCUAUCUGAGGAGGCUCAGUGUGGGAUUCGAGAUCAGGGUUCAAUUCCCGCCUCAACGAGCCCUCCGUGAUCAUGUCGGAUGAAGAGGAAUACUACGAUGACGCCUUCGAGGAAGAAUGGAUUUUCUGGGACGAGGGUGAUCCCACUCUUGCGGAUGAUCUUGCUCAAGGAACUGUCCAUUCGCCCGUUUAUCUUACCGACCAAGCUCUGUACGCUGCGUUGGAAAGCGAAUCGGAUUGGGACUACCUCACCGACGAAUAUUACGAUGACGACCCGUCCCUGCUGAAGAAACAGGACCAGACACCUCUAAACAGCGACGGUAAAUAUUCUGGGAAAAAGAGAAAACGCACGUCUCUCAAAGACAACGCGCGACCCGCGAAGAAUAGUCGAAGGCCUUAUCCGGACAUAGAUUCAUUCUGUGGGGUUGUAUGGCGCACCCCAUGUCAUUCUUUGCGUCGAGAAGAGUUAUACGAGGCUGGCAAGGGUGAGACGGUUUCCCUGUUAGGAAAUUGGCGUGAAUUAUUCAAAUACCCAGACCGUAAUAAAUCACCCCCAGCUCUUGACCAUCAUCCUUCCGCCGGCAGGCCCGGGCCCCCGAAGGAGAGACAUCAUCCAGGCAAAGGUAGAAACGCUAUACGGCAAGGACCUAAAACGAACGACUCAGGCCUCUCAUCCCAUGGUGACGAAGACGUGGAGGAUGGUGUUGAUAUUGAGUAUGGACCUUCAUAUACCUUCCCUGAGAACCCAAAUAGCUCCUUUACGCCUCCACCCUGCCACUUUAACGACACCGAACAAGAAAUCAUCGAGCGCUCCAACACGCAUGGUGACAAAUCCCGCAAACCCAAAUCCCCAUCCAGACAUGUAACACGGAAACCACCGUCCCGCUUGAAGCAAGUGACCACCGCAGAGGAACCCACACCUCCACCCGGCGCCGAAGCUGGCUGCAACGAUCUACCACCGUCUCCCACCGGUUCAUCCUCCCAAAAGACGACCCCCACAAAGCAAAGGAGGGAUUUAUCGCGUCCACUCCCCUCUCAAAGGAUAGAGGUCGUUGUGGGUCCUCCUAAGAGCUCUUGUCUCAGCUUUCCCAUGCUCGCUAACGACUCUGUAUCAAGUGAGGAACAAAAGCAGCCGCCUCUGCGCAAAGGGAGAAAGAGGAAGGCUACUAGCCCUCUACCUGCAGAUGAGGAUGGUGAUCAACGGUGCGAGAUGGGGAUCAAAAAGAGAGGCAGGCCAGCCAAAACAAGAAAAGUUACUCCACAAUUAGGACCGGAUGACACGUCGACGGCGGCAGCGACGUCAGUUGGCAAAAGAAGGUCAUUACGACAGCGGAAAACAUAAAACUUGAAGUAAAAAGGAUCCGCCGGUGAUCAAUAAUGGGUGUUGAUAGUUUUAUUUUGCUUCUGGGUUUGGACAGCAUUUUACGACCCUCGCAGAUGGGAUUUGAGCGUCUCGUGGGAAAAAAAAAAAAAAAAAAAAAA